AUGGCUUGUUCCACUUUGAUACCUCAAUUUACGCUUCGCGCGAGCACGUUGGAAAAGCAAGUAUUUGACUUCUUUGGACAUCUCUGGGCACCAGUUAUAGGCAACUUUCUCCAUAUUGUUGUCGCUGUUAUGGCCAUCUGUGGGGUCUGCAGAUUGAACAGUUUCCUAAUAAUCACGUAUGCUACUUGGAACUUGCUAUGGCUUGCAUGGAAUACCUUCGUCAUGUGUGUGUAUUUGGAGGUUGGAACUCUGAACCGAAACCAGGAGAGACACAUCCUAACUCUGGACACUGACGGGGCCAGCUGGUGGCUGGACCAUGGCAUUGGCUGUCAGGUGAUCAACUCCAACAAGACUGAUGCAGUGUCGGUGAGUCAGGAAAGAAGCAGUCUACCUGAAGCUCGUACAAUAGGAUGCCAGAUGAAGUAUUAUUAUAUUGAGGUGAUACAUGCAGCCAUACAGUGCUUACUUGCUCUUUUUGGCUUGGUGGCCUCUUUGAUCUGCAUCUAUUUCAUCAAGAAAAAUCACAGAGACAUGACAAUAACAUCUUUCAACCCACACAAUGCUGCCUAUAGUCUGGCAUUCCCAUUCCA